CUUUAAGAGAAAGACAGGAACGAGAACUUCGACGUUGGCAAACAAGGAUGUUACAAGAUAAACGUUAGGGGCAGUCAUUCAAAACGUUCUCACCGAAACACGAACGAUAAUACGAAUUAAAUAGUGGAUUCAUAAAGUCGGACCAUGUCCACGCCGGCUAGAAGGAGACUUAUGAGAGAUUUUAAACGUCUACAAGAGGACCCCCCAGCUGGUGUUAGUGGAGCCCCAUCAGAAAACAACAUCAUGGUGUGGAAUGCAGUCAUUUUUGGCCCCGAAGGAACUCCAUUUGAAGAUGGUACAUUUAAACUCAUUGUCGAGUUCACGGAAGAAUACCCCAACAAACCUCCCACAGUGCGAUUUGUGUCAAAAAUGUUUCAUCCUAAUGUCUAUGCAGAUGGUAGUAUUUGUUUGGACAUCCUCCAAAAUCGGUGGAGCCCCACUUACGAUGUGUCUUCUAUUCUGACGUCCAUCCAGUCUUUGCUGGAUGAGCCCAACCCCAACAGUCCAGCCAACAGCCAAGCGGCUCAGCUGUACCAGGAGAACAAGCGCGAGUACGAGAAGAGAGUUUCAGCAAUCGUAGAACGAAGCUGGCGAGACAGUUGACCUGGUUGACGAUAUGGGUCGAAUACUAGAAGACCCCUCUCACCUUAUUUUUUUUUUAGUUACCAUUUUAUGCACUUUUCCUUCAAUGUCCCUUCAUAGGAUUUUAUCUUUUCUUGUCUGCCAAGAUAACUCUUUUUUCUAUAUCUACAAUUUUCGCACAUAUUCCCAGGAUUUGUGCCGAAUUAUGCCUUGUUUGUGGGCCACCAUUUUACUAUGAUCACGUUUAACAUCCCCGGUGCUUUGCCGAUCACGUCAUUUUUCACUGAGAAUUUUGCCCCUGUGGGCACCCAACAUUGUUACGCUAUCUCUUCA